AUGACGAGCAGGCAGACAACGACACCGACUUGGCUGGUGUGGGCAGCUGCUCCGGCACUCUUCAGCACGGUGACUGCACUCGGUUGGGGUCUGGCUCGAUGGCGGCAACGACGAGCGCUGAGCCUUGGCGAAGAGGACGAGCGCAGCACCACAGUUCCCGCGGUACAAUCUUUACGUAACCAGCACCUUGUGUUUGCCGCUAUCGAGUUAGGGGGCACGAGUGCACGAGCGGCAAUCGCAGUAGGUCGUCCCGAUCAGUUCAUUGAACGAUUCCAGGUUCCUACGAGUACACCUCGUGAGACGCUGACGCUUCUGACCGCUUGGCUGGCAGAGCGACACGAAACGCACCCGAUUACAGCACUAGGUGUGGCUACUUUUGGUCCGAUCCUGCUCCCGUCUGUCGCGUCGAGCGCCGCGUCACACCAGGUUCGCUUCGGAAAGACACCGAAGAAAGCAUGGCAAGGGCUAGCGCUGCUAGAGGAGCUGCAACAGUUAUGGGAACGCGAUGAGCAGCGUCCUGCAAGUCAAGAGCUGGCGAAGGCUAUUGGUACCAGAAUUCCAGUCCUGGUGGAUACAGAUGUGAAUGCUCCCGCUCUAGCCGAACUGGCUGCUAGGCGAUCUCCGACCGACCCGGGAGGUCCGCUCGUGCUCGCCUACGUCACUGUUGGCACCGGAGUAGGUGUGGGUGUCGCGAUUCAGGAUGAGCCCCUGCAUGGACGCCUUCACCCAGAGGCAGGCCACAUCCGCGUUGUCCGAUAUCCCGCGGAUUCGUACUCUGGUUCAUGCAUUUGGCAUCAGGACUGCCUGGAGGGUCUCUGCUGCGCUGGGGCGCUCGCAGAACGAGCGAAGGUUGACGCCUCGCAGCUUGCGGAUCUCGCAGACGAUCAUCCGGUUUGGAAGCUGGCUGCGCAUUACCUUGCACAGCUAUGCUGGAACCUCUCCUGUGUGCUGGCUCCGCACUGGAUCGUGCUAGGCGGCGGGGUCAUGCAGCGCAAGAGUCUGCUGAAGAAGAUCCAGUCCAAGUUCGUGGAGCUCGAUCGCGACUACCUCGGGAUAGAAACGCCUGUUGAGAAGUACAUCGUUUCGAGCGCCUACGGGCCGCAUGCAGGACUUGUCGGUGCCUGCACGCUUGCUGAACGAGCAUGGCAAAUGCGAUAA